GGUGCUGCCCUGAAUUUAUUCAAAAGGGUCUUGCCAACUUUUCCUGCUAUUUCUUUCCGAGAGACUCUCGCGCACUUUCCAGCGAGUCUUCCUCAGUUGGGACAGGAACGUUGGAAGAAGGAAAAAGAAGAAGGCAGUGCAACAUGUCAGCAGCCAGGGGACGAGCAGAAUUGCAGCCUGCACAACCUCUCAACAUGAAUCACUACGCCACUAAGAAGAGUGUGGCGGAGAGCAUGCUGGACGUGGCUCUGCUGAUGGCCAAUGCUUCUCAGCUGAAAGCAGUGCUGGAGCAGGGGCCUGACUUUAAGUACUACAUGACUGUAAUUGUGCUCAUCGCAGUCUCGCUCUUCUUCCAAGUGCUUGCUGGGGGUUUGUUUGUGUUUAUGGCACGAAAAGAUCUGAAUGAUGUUGCUAAUCAGAAAAGGCUGGACAUCAUCAACAACGUGGCGACCGGCCUAGUGUUCCUCACAGUCAUCAUCAACAUCUUCAUCACUGCGUUUGGCGUGCAGAAGACGGGCCUUUACCCUCAACAGUGAACUCGCUACAGGACAGGACAGUCACACUGCGGGACAUCCUUGUCUACAGUGAAUCCUGAAAGCAUGCGAAGUUCAGUCCAACCAAACUUUUAUUGCAAAUAUGCUUCAUUUUGUUGGUUUACCUUUCAUUGGGCAUUAUAUUUAAAUUUCUUUAAACCGUCUAGCUUCUAGUGCGUGCAUGUUUGUAGCAUUGUGUUUUCUAAAGUCUAAUUCUGACUUAUUAACUACAGUUUGAAUAUUGCCAGUGAAAUGAUGUCUUGUGUUGAUUUUCUAAGUGAAAAGUGAAGUUAACAUGUCCUCUACAGAGAAAACGUUUAAAUAUAGCACUUUUUCCUGCAAAUUUAGUGCACAAGUUGCAUUUAUUUGUUGAGUUAUGUUGGAAAAAAUAAGAUAUACUUUUGCAGAAGCUGCAUUUUAUGUUCUGUUAAUUUCCCAAUAUGUUAGAUUCAGCAAAUAAACAGUGUUUGUGCAUUCAAAUGUGCAGCAAGGUGUUCUGUAGAGAGGGUGUGUUAACUUAUUUUCACUGAGGCUUAUCAUCUGACUAAGGAAGCCCAAACUUUUGCAUAAAAAAAAGAAAACCAGGGUUUGGCUUCCUUUUUUGCCAUGUGUCAUGUUGUAUAUCUUCUGUUUAAUACAUUCCAUGAGUGAAAUGUUUUCAGUUUAUUAAUCGGGUACACUGUAACCUUUUAUUUAACUUUAUUUCUGAAAUGCAGCAAAGUACUUCUCUAAAAGUCCAAGUAGGCCACACUCUCCUACACACAGCGCUGUGUAGAGGCCGACUAGCAUGUGGUAAAUAAUCAAUAACAAGAAUCAACAUUAAUAAAUUGAUCUUGACUAUAAAACAUUCAAUACAGAGAUUAAUGACUUG